AUGCCGCCCAAAACCAAUCGCCUAGCUUCGCUGCUAGGCACGCUCACCAACGCAGCACCUGUCGACUUUGACCCCGAGGCUCCCGAUGCCGACCAGCCUGGACCUUCCAGCCUGGCCAACGGCAAUGCCAGCAGUUCCGGUUCCAACGACGAAGAAGAUGAGGAGGAAGAUGCGGAGGAGUCGGAUGAAGAGUACACGAACCCACGCGCACACUAUGCCGACGUAGGGACAAGUGAGAUGCGAAAGAAGGCGGCGUUGAGCGAAAGCGACAAGAUCAACGACCCAAGGUAUCAGGGCGUCAAAAGCAGUCGUGCUGAGCUCUAUGCCGAUGAAGACGAAGAAGAUGAUGAUGAAGGAGCAGACGACUCUGAAGACGAGGAGCAACACUCAAAAGAAGACGAUGAGGAAGGAGAAGGUGCAAGUCGAAGAAAGCAGGUUCAAUUCGCCGACGAAAACGAAUCAGAUAGCGAAGCAUCUUCAAGCUCCGAGACAGAUCAGGUAGCAGAAUCCACAUCAAACAGCAUCGCAGCGCAGAUCGCCCAGUCAGCGUCACAAACCAAAGCGCUGAAAGCAAGGCGACUUGAAGACGCUGAAAAGGGUCGCCAAGUACGCAAGCAGAUCAAGACAUUUGAGCGUGCCCUCGAGACUCGUAUCAAGGCACAAAGCGUACUGCGCGAGGUUAACCGUCUUCCCGACCCUGAGGUCUACACAUCCGCCAUCAGCAUCACCACUGCCGAGCCGGUAAUCACUGUACUCGAGCAGCUGUUGGAAUUGUCAGAGACGCUGUUUUCCCUACGCACAAGGCUGAAUAUUCUUUCAAGGUCCACAGACGAAGGCAAAGGGACGAUCGAAACCCCAGCGACAAGGAAGAGAAAGCGUGACUUUGACGUCACUGUUCCGGAAGACGAAGAGGAGGCUAAGCAGACAUGGGCCGAGAUCGUAAAGCAUGAUCAAAUUGAUGCGACACUGAAUGAUGUCGCCACAUUCUCAUCAGUAGCGGACGUGCAAAGGAGAGCAGUGUUAGACAAGUGGAGUCUCAAAGUGACUUCUGCCGCCGCCGCCGCAUCAAAUGGCAAUAAGUUCACCCAACUCCGUGCCGUCAACCAACCACCAUCGGCUCAAAUCGACGCAGCUCUUGCUGGCGAUGGUCUCUCUCGACUUAUUGCACGAACCCGUGUCCUUCGCUCUGCAGACUCACCAGCAUCCGCCAAGCUUGGCCAAGCCUACACACCGAUCGAAGAGGAGGUCAAGGACUCUGAAGUGUUCGACGAUUCCGAUUUCUACUCUGCUUUGCUUAAGGAAUUGAUUGAGCGCCGAUCCGGUGUAGGCAUCACCAAUGGCGAUGGUGCGGGAGCGACAGCUGCAAUGAUGCUCUCAGGGUUGAACGGAGGCAAGAAGAAGAAGGCGACUGUCGACACAAGGGCAUCUAAGGGAAGGAAAUUGCGAUACGAGGUCAACGAGAAGAUUGUUAACUUUAUGCCUCCUAUCCCCGAAAGGGUUAAGUGGGGUCAAGAACAGAUCGAGAGAUUGUUCAGGCAGUUGGCGAGUAGUUCGAUGGGUGUUACUAGGGAGGCGAAUGGGGAAGACGAGGCUAAAGUGGACAAGGACAAGGAGGCAGAGGAGGCAGAUCUUGCUGGACUUCGUGUCUUUGGCUGA